AUGUCGGAUAUUGCACCGGUGCAGCCGUUGCCCGGCUUUCGCUUCCACCCUACCGACCAGGAGCUUGUCAUCUAUUACCUCUACUGCAAGGUCCAUGGCCUCCACGACCGCCACGCCUUCAUCCCUGAGGUCCACGUGUAUAAGCACGAGCCCUGGGAGCUGCCAGGAAAAUCCUUCUCGCCCAACACAGAUGACACCGGGGCCAAACUGGAGUGGUACUUGUUCACGGUCAGGGCCCGAAAGUAUUCCAAUGGGCUUCGCAUGAAGCGGGCAACGCUCACCGGCUUCUGGAAGUCCACCGGGAAGGAUCGCCCCGUCAUGCACAACGGCAUCAUCGUCGGCAUGAAGAAGACCCUUGUGUUCCACACUGGCCAUGCGCCUAAUGGCACACGCACCGACUGGGUCAUGCAUGAGUAUCGUCUUCAGGGCCAACGCAACCACCACAUUCAGGACGCCUAUGCAUUGUGUCGAGUCUUCAAAAAGAACACCGUGGCUCCGUUGAUCGAUUUAUCCAGUGAUGCCGACACAUAUGAGGAUCCAAUGCAGUCUGUGCCCGGCGGCGUCGACACGGACAAGGAUUUGAUGGAGCACGUGUCUGACGAAGCCGACUCAGACAAGGAUCCCAAGCAUUAUGUGCUUGGUGGCAUGGAAUCAGACAAGUAUCCGAUGCAGUAUGUGCUCAGCGGCAUCGGCACGCAUAACGAUCCCAUAUGGGUCGAGUCUGAUGUUGCCUCUGCGGGCAAGGAUCUGAUGCAGUCCGUGUUUUGUGGCGUCGGCACAGACAAGGAUCACAUACAGGUCGAGUCUGAGUUUGAUGGUGUUCACGCGCGCAAGGGAAAGAAGCCGUUCCUCACCGAUCGUGGUAGCACGAGCACAGGAAAUAUGGAGUUUCUCGCCGGUGGUGCCAACAGAGACAAAGAAGGGAUGCAGCCUGUGUACGCCGGCGCCAGCGCGGAUGAGGAGAACUCUGUCAACGCUUGGUACACCGCAGCCCUUGCGGAAGAGGAUAAUUCAUGGGUGCAGCCCCCCUCAUAUGACGACUGGUACACAAGAGUCGACCUGGACAAGGAUGAUUCCUUGAUGCAGUUCAUCUUCAGUGACGUUAUGCUCUUGAGCGCCGACUGAAAAGUAAAAAUAGAGAAAUGUAAAGAAAAGAAUGAGAAGAAUCCUACUCCAUUGUCUAUAGGUUGAUCCUUAA